AUGGUUGGAGCACUUGAACUGUUAGAGACUCAGGUUGGACUAAGGGGAGGAGCCCUUAUCAUCCAAGAACAGGAAGUUCCAGCUCUUCCAGCAGGCCCAGCAGCAAUUCUAGCUCCCCAAAAUCAGCCAAAACUCCCACCUGCUCCAUGGCCAGAGGCUCCACAAGGACCACUGGUUGCCAUCUGCCUGAACAGCCAAUAG